UAGUUAGUACUUACGCUUCAAACACAACGAUCAUUCACACACGUUACGUUGCUUUUUUUUAUCCCUUUCUCGUUUCGGUGACUCAUUUGCGUCUUCUGUAAUUUUUGUGGCGCCGUUUCAAUUAAAUAACCAUUUGCAUAAUUAAAGAGCAACGAGAGUGCUGGGUCCUAAAAACGAAUUGUACAAUUAAAAUGCAAUCAAAGCUGUGUUAAUGUAGUCAUUAAAGGCUGUCAGCAAAAAUACAAAAAAAAGAAGAGAAGCACAACCGAAAACAAAACAAGGGGCAGACAGCAACAAAAUUAUAAAAAAAAAAUCACCAAAUUUAUUAAAAAGUGAAAGUUUUUAGUCGACGUCGCCGUUUGCACAAAAUUACCGGAGGGAAAAAGAAAUGCAAAAACAAUCAACAAGUCUGUGAAACAAAGCAAAACAAAUCGCCAAAAGCAUCGCUACCGCUUCGUUGUGAGAGCGAGAGCGAAGAGCGAACGAACCGCUAGCCAGCGGAGCGAUUAGGUUCCACAAUCCAAUUGCCGUAGAAUCGCCGCAGAGUGGUGCCAAGUUCGAUUCCAGGCCGUGGCUACCAUCGAUGCGAUACGAUGUCGUAAGCAGCGGCUCAGUCACGGCUACCAAUUCGAGAAACCGCGGUGCGGGUGUGGCUUGCAAGAUUUUCCACCCGCACCGCCAGCACCAUAACCUGCAGCCAUUUCGCACGUUUUACGCCCAGCCGCAUCAGAUGCCACAGGUCGCCUUUGCCCCACCACCACCACCCCCCACUCCCGUUAGUUGGAGAAACCCAUGUACCAGCACGCUGUCGCCCAGUUCUCCCUCAUCACGCAUUACCGUCAAUCCACCGCCCCAGAGGCCCUGGCUGCCACUGGCCAAGCCCAACAAAACGCGACCAGCCUGCAUUUUUACGGUUAUGUGCUACAACGUGCUCUGCGAUAAGUACGCGACAAGGCAAAUGUACGGAUACUGUCCGUCGUGGGCUCUCUGCUGGGAGUACCGGAAAAAGUCGAUAAUCGACGAGAUCCGGCAUUAUGCAGCGGAUAUCAUCAGUUUGCAGGAGAUCGAGACGGAACAGUUCUACCACUUCUUCCUGCCAGAGCUCAAGAACGACGGCUACGAGGGCAUCUUUUCGCCCAAGUCGCGAGCCAAGACCAUGUCCGAGCUGGAGCGGAAGUAUGUCGAUGGCUGUGCGAUAUUCUUCAGGGCGUCCAAGUUCACGCUGAUCAAGGAGUCCCUGAUCGAGUUCAACCAGCUGGCAAUGGCCAAUGCCGAGGGCUCCGACAACAUGCUGAACCGCGUGAUGCCCAAGGACAACAUCGGCCUGGCCGCCCUGCUCAAGGUGAAGGAGAACGCCUGGGAGCCGAUGUCCGAGGUGACGCAGAUCUCGCAGCCGCUGCUCGUCUGCACGGCGCACAUCCACUGGGACCCGGAGUUCUGCGACGUCAAGCUCAUCCAGACGAUGAUGCUGAGCAAUGAGCUGAAGACGAUCAUCGACGAGGCGAGCCACAGUUUCCGGCCGGGCCACAAGAACGACUCGAAUGCCGUCCAGCUGCUGCUGUGCGGCGACUUCAACUCGCUGCCCGACUCGGGCGUGGUGGAGUUCCUGGGCAAGGGGCGCGUCAACAUGGACCAUCUGGACUUCAAGGACAUGGGCUACAAGUCCUGCCUGCAGCGGCUGCUCUCGAACGACACCAACGAGUUUACGCACUCGUUCAAGCUGGCCUCCGCCUACAGUGAGGACAUCAUGCCGCACACCAACUACACGUUCGACUUCAAGGGCAUCAUCGAUUACAUCUUCUACACGAAGACGGGCAUGGUGCCGCUGGGCCUGCUGGGACCCGUCUCCAACGACUGGCUGCGCGAGAACAAGGUGGUGGGCUGCCCCCAUCCGCACAUACCCUCCGAUCACUUCCCGCUGCUCGUGGAGCUGGAGCUGAUGCACACGGCCAGCCAACAGGCGCCCCCCAACGGGCUGAUCAAUCGCCGGUAGCAAUAGAAUCGACGCGGCAGACCCACCACCAGCAACAGCACCACCACCAACACCACCCUGAUGACGACGACGACGGCGCCGGCGGCCACGCGCACGCCGGCUGCCAGCGGGGGAGGAAGCGGGAGUGGGACUGCAAGCGGGAGCGGGAACGCCGGUGCCGGUGGCGGAGUAGGUGCAAGUGGAGGCGGAGGCGGCGGCGGCGCACUCAUGAUUCCCGGCGGCUACAGGGGACGAAGCUGCAGCAAUAGCGGAUGCCAUCGACUGACGGCAGCCCUUGGAGGAGCGACCAGAAAAGCAGUCAAUCCCCCGCUGCCAGCGGACAAGCAGGCCUCCGCUCCACCGCAUCCCGCUCCCAACUGACGUGGCGAUCUACUCGCACCAAGAUUCGGUUUUAGUUUUGAUUUCUAGCCCCGGUCCCUCUCAGCUCUUGCACCAACUCAACCCAACCCAACCCAACCCGAAACCCAACCCCAAGAACCCUAAGUUAUAAGCUGACGACGUUGUGGAGGUCUCGCCGCUUUGUGGGCUGGAUCGCAAAGUGCGCUCACCGAAGCAACCCAUUAAAUAAGAUCGUAAUCGUAAUAGGAAGGAAUAUAAAUUACUUGCUGCACUCCUCUUCCGCGCUUUUCGUUUUGAUUUUAUCAACUUCACGAUUUCUCACCAUCGAAUAAAUCCAUUAUAUUACAAUAUGCAACUGUUGAGUUCUUGAAACACCCUCACCUCACACUCGCGUAGCAGAAAGUAAAUAUAAGCCAAUUUCGUUGAAGACAAUUAUUAGCAGCAGUUCGUAAAAAGUACCCGAAACCAACUAUGCAUUAAGUAAAAAGUUAAAUAACAUCCGUGUAAAAAUUAAAACGAAAAAAUGCAAAAUUCCUCUGAUGAAUCCGUUUCUAAAAUGUUUUUUUUUUUGCUCCUGUCAAAGGAAACUACAACAUAUGUGUACAGAUACUCUUUGGCCACGUACAUUUUGCCGGAAACUCUCCGGAUGUGCAAAGUAAAAUAGAUCCUUAAACUAGUUGUUAAUGCGGCGCGGAUUCAUGUAAUGUAUAACAUUAGAAAGAAUAUGGAUCCAUUAACUCUUAUUUUUGAGUGCAUUGGGGUAGGUCCAUUUAUGAGGAUGUUCAGAAAUCAACUCAACACUCUUAGGGGCGGAAUGUCAUGCACUGAGGUUUAUAAGAAAGAUAACUUAUUCUUGCGGAAUGCAGGAGCUUCUAAGGAUCCGCAAGGACUGCGAAACUCAAUGCAUUGCUUUCCGUCUCUCUGAUUCUAUAGUAAGAUAAAUAAAUAUACCCACCCUACUGUGCAUAUUUAGACUUAAAGAGAUCUUAUAUAAAUACAAACUAUGUGUACAUACUGGCGUGCAGCAAAAAAUACAAAAUAAAUGUCGGUAAAGAAAUAUUUAUAAGUAUCGAAUGGCCCAAAAACCAUCCGACAUGGAAACGUUUCAGCACACACAAUUCCAUGUCCGGCCCUCAUUGUAAACUCCAUUCAGUGUGGUGGUUUAAGAUCAUUAUGUAAGCUGAUGGCAUAAACGAGGCGCACACACCAUCGGCAGGCGAUCUUUGUUCACCGAAACCCCUCAUCAAUACAAAUAAAGUCAAGAGAGAAUCAAACGUA